CCGUGCUGUCUCUUGUCCGGUCCGUCUUCCUGGUUCUCAUCCGCUCCAAGCGCCUCUUGGGGAAAUAGACAACGGAACGUCCCCCACGCUCGCCACUAUCUUGCCCAUCUGUAAGGUGCUGUUCUGCGUCUGCCUCUAAGCCACCCAGCUACGGUUACUAUGUGCCAUGCCAUGCCAUGCCAUCCGUUGCGAUGGAUACUCUACGUCCACACCCUCAGACAUGCAGAAACUUAUUCUUUCUUUCCAUCAUUCCAAUUGGAUCACCGCCAUACUGUAACCUCUGCUGAUCUCGUCAACGGCCGUCUAUCCAUACCUGCCUCUGUAAGGCAGCUAGCUCCAUAGAUGACCCAUUGGUUCAACUAAUCCAAGUUACGGCGAAGACCUCAAACUAAACCCUUUCCAUAUUCUAUGCAGUAGGCCAGGUAAGACAAUGGAAGGAAAGGAAAGGCAAGGUAGGUAUCACCUUUCCAUUAUGUCACCGCACUCCCCUCUAUACUCUAUACCUCGCUCUCUGCCUCUCUUCUUUCUUGGCAACCCUUCCAGUACUCUCAUAUAAGAAGUCCCGAAGCCCUGCACAUAGGUUUGCUUCAAUUCAUUCUUCUCUUCUCAUCUCUCAUCUGAAGAGUUCAGCUUCACACACAACUCUCAUACAACUUCAUAUAUCACACACCCUAAUAUCUUUCACCCAUGUCACCAGAGGUCAAGUCUAUCUCGCCCUUUGGCAUUGCUCGUUCAACUGUCCAGGGCGAGCCUCUCUCCAAGGAGGAGAUCCAACAGUACAAUGACUUUUUCAAAGCCAGUUGUUACCUCUCCUUGGGUAUGAUCUAUCUCAAAGAGAAUCCUCUUCUUAGACAACCCCUCAAAGCCGAGCAUCUCAAGCUUCGACUACUUGGUCACUUUGGCUCAGCCCCUGGCCAGAUCUUCACAUAUAUGCACUUCAACCGUCUGAUCAUAAAGCACGACCUUCAUGCUCUCUUCAUCUCUGGUCCUGGGCAUGGUGCUCCUGCUGUCCUUUCGCAGUCUUACCUCGAGGGUGUCUAUACCGAGGUCUACCCCGACAAGACUCUCGACGACGAGGGUAUGCAAAAGUUCUUCAAGAGUUUCUCAUUCCCUGGAGGAAUCGGCUCGCACGCCACCCCCGAAACUCCCGGAUCCCUCCAUGAGGGUGGUGAGCUGGGUUAUUCCAUCUCACACGCUUUCGGUGCCGUCUUUGAUAACCCUGACCUGAUUGCUCUUACUAUGGUUGGUGAUGGUGAAGCCGAAACUGGCCCUCUUGCUACUGCCUGGCACAGCAACAAGUUCCUCAACCCAAUCGUUGAUGGCGCCGUCCUACCUGUUCUUCACCUCAAUGGUUACAAGAUCAACAACCCCACUGUUCUCGCUCGAAUCUCUCAUCGAGAACUUGAGUGUCUCUUCAUCGGUUACGGCUGGCAGCCCUAUUUUGUUGAAGGUGAUGACAUUGAGUCUAUGCACCAGGCAAUGGCUGCUACGCUUGAGCACUGCGUGGAUGAGAUUCGAAAGAUCCAAAAGGAGGCUCGUGACUCCGGCGAGGCUGUGCGACCUCUGUGGCCUAUGAUCGUUCUUCGAAGUCCCAAGGGGUGGACUGCUCCCCGCAAGGUUGACAACAACUACCUGGAGGGUUACUGGCGAGCUCACCAGGUCCCUAUCGCAGACCCCGCCACCAACCCUGCCCAUCUCAAGGUUCUUGAGGACUGGAUGCGAAGCUACGAGCCUGAGCGCCUUUUCGAUGCGAAUGGCGCACCCAUUGCAUCCCUCCGGGCUCUUAUUCCUCAAGGUAACCGACGAAUGAGCGCUAACCCUGUCGCCAAUGGUGGUCUGCUCAGGAAGCCCUUGAAGAUGCCCGACUUCAGGGACUAUGCCAUCAAGGUGGAGAGCCCCGGAAAUGUCAUGAAUGCUAGCAUGACCAACAUGGCUGUAUUCCUCAGGGAUGUCAUGGCCACCAACCAAACCAACUUCCGUCUCUUUGGUCCCGAUGAGACUGAGUCCAACAAGCUUGGCGGUGUCUACGAUGCUGGAAAGAAGGUCUGGAUGGGUGAGUACUUUGAAGAGGAUGACAAUGGUGGCAACCUCGCCAAGGCUGGACGUGUUGUCGAGAUGCUUUCUGAGCACAACUGUGAGGGCUGGCUUGAGGGUUACCUCCUGAGUGGUCGACAUGGACUACUCAACAGCUACGAGCCUUUCAUCCAUGUCAUUGACUCUAUGGUCAACCAGCACUGUAAAUGGAUCGAGAAGUGUCUCGAGGUUGAGUGGCGUGCCAAGAUUGCUUCUCUCAACAUCCUGUUGACUGCUGUCGUGUGGCGCCAGGACCACAACGGCUUCACACACCAAGAUCCCGGUUUCCUUGACGUCGUCGCCAACAAGAGCCCCGAGGUUGUCCGAAUCUAUCUUCCUCCUGAUGGCAACUGUCUGCUUUCUGUUAUGGACCACUGUCUUCGCUCCGUCAACUAUGUCAACGUUGUCGUUUCAGAUAAGCAGGAACAUCUCCAGUACCUGCCUAUGGAUGCUGCCAUUGAGCACUGCACCAAGGGCAUCGGUAUCUGGCCCCAGUUCUCCACUGAUGCUGGACAGAACCCCGACCUGGUCAUGGCCUCUUGCGGUGACAUCAGCACUCACGAGUCUCUGGCUGCUAUUGAUCUCCUACUUGAGCAUUUCCCCGACCUCAAGAUUCGCUGCGUCAACGUUGUUGAUCUCUUUAAGUUGAUUCACCCCAGCGAUCAUCCCCACGGCCUUACAGACUCUGAGUGGACCAGCCUCUUCACUGAUGACACUCCCGUCAUCUUCAACUUCCACAGCUACCCAUGGAUGGUGCACCGCUUGACAUACAAGCGCCCCGGAAGCCGCAACCUGCACGUUCGUGGUUACAAGGAGAAGGGCAACAUCGACACCCCUCUCGAGUUGGCCAUCCGCAACCAGACUGAUCGUUUCAGUCUUGCCAUCGAUGCUAUCGAUUGGAUGCCUCAGCUUCGCAACCGUGGCGCUUCAGCUCGCCAGGCUCUUCUGAACUCCCAGAUCCAGGCUCGCAAUGAGGCCUUCGAGACAGGAAUGGACCCUGCCUUCCUCAAGAACUGGACUUGGAAGCGCAAUGGCCUGUGGAAGAAGGUCAGCGAAGGCCUAGCUUCACGAUAGUGUGUACAUGCAAAAGGAUCCUAUUCUUCGCUAGAAAUCUUACAUGGAAACAUAGACGAAAGAAACACCAAAAAAUAAGACGGUUGGCGUUGCUGGGCUGUUGAUUGGUUGUCAUGUCAUUGCUAUUUAUUUCUUUUCCUUCCCCCGAGAACCUCUAUAGUUUUGUAGUUCUAAUGACUUUGAAAGAGUUAUCACGUACAAGGUUUCAACUCUUGACUGCUUCUCUCCGCAUAUGAUAUUGCACCAUGCCGAGCUCAGGGAACUCACUAGUUCCACUGACCUUGAACCCGAACUUUUCAUACAACCCCUUACCCUCUUGAGAGCUGUUUAGAUAGGACAUCCAGCCUUCCGCAUCAGCUCUCUCAACACCAAACUUCAUCAAGGCAGAUCCCACUCCUCGGCGCUGCCCCUCCUUCGCGACAGCAAUCGUGCUAAGAAACCAGUGCUUCUCUCCCGCGAUAUACUUAAUUGCUGCAUCGUUGUUCGCCUGGAAGAAAUGCCUCGCAGUUUCUUGAUUCCCCGAAGCCGGGAACGAAGAAGACUUGAUCUGCUUGCCAGACAGCGGCUGCUCCCGGCGAGCCCAGCGUGCCCAGCCGAGGAUAACGGAGUCUUGUUCCGC